AUGACAAACGUUAAGGCAAGGACCGGAAACCUGGAAACUGCCGCUACCGCUGCUGAGCGGGAAAGUAUGUGAGUGGAAAUUUUCAAAACUGAGGGAAGGCAAAGCCCUUAAAUUAUUGAAAGAAGUUGACAGGGUUAUGACCGCCGCGUGAGAAGUCUAAACUCCUUUGCACGCAAUCUGAAUUGUUUACAAAAAAAGCCCUUUGAAGUUGAGGUCCACUCAACGCGUAAAUAAAACCGGCUGAUUCUUUCUUGGCGGAUCUCUAAUGUAGAGACGCUAAUUCCAGACGUCCCUUGAAGGGGGAAUAAAAACAAAACUGAAUGCAAGGCUGGUAAUACGGCAAAGGGCUGAUUCAUUCGAGGCCAAUAUUACAUUUAUAAGCGUGAUGACAAACGUGGAAGUUGGUAAUGUUUUGUCUCCUGAUGUAUAUCAACAACCAAUCUCUUAAAACUUCCCAUCGUGUUUAUCAUAUAUUUCUCAUCAUGUAUCGUGCACGUGUUGGGAAGCGAGCCGAACGGUUCUAAACAGCGCGUAACAUUGGAGGAACUGGGCUCUAGAAUUGCAGUGUGGGUCUCAAAUUUUUAACAAUAUUUUCAGCCAUUUCUCAACGUUGUCUCCGUGGCGCAAUCGGUUAGCGCGUUCGGCUGUUAACCGAAAGGUUGGUGGUUCAAGCCCACCCGGGGACGUUAUUUUUUUUCCUUUCUUUCUUUCUUUUUUGUUUUUUCUCAUUUUAGGAGUUUGAUAAGGAAAAUUAUUUUCAAAUCGUUUAAUUUUGAAUUGGUUUUACCUCCAUCUUGCUAACAUAAAAAGAUUUCAAAAGCUUUCGUUUCCCUUUGAGUCAGAUUAUUACUCACGUGUGGAAUACUGGAAUAUUUCGACUUGUGACCAUAGUUAAUAAACUUAAAAGUAGCAAGAGACAGAUUAAGCAAUUAAAUUCAUCAUAAAAUUAUCAGUAUUAAAAGAAGAAAAAAAAAAAUUAUGCGAUCACGCUCUUUUGAGAGUUUAAAAGAGACGCAAGGCGAUUUAUUAGCCAGCGGAUGAGUGUUUACACAUUCUCUACUACGUGUAACGAACACCCACUUUUAGCUACUUUUCACGAUUGCGCCAAAUUCAAAAUGGCGAUGUUCACAGAAUGGGCGUAACUUCUUCUAACUUAACAGCAAGAAAAUCUCGAAAUGGAUUCUGAAGGUAUAAGACUACCUCCAAAGCCUACACUAGAACCCCAAACUACGUUAUUUAAGAGUACUCAACUGGAUCUUACUCCUGAAAAGAAACAGCCAACAAACAGACUCAAAGAAAACAGCCAGAGAAGCGGUGUCAGUUCAAAUGUUUCCACCGAAAACAAGUUGGAGCAAAGGAAGGAAAUUUAUUCUUGGUAAGGUGCAGUAUUGUAUUUAGUUAUAAAUUGCACAGUGACACAACAAGCGAAAUGCAGUUUCUUUGAUGCAUGCAGAUGUGAAAAGUAGUAUUAUUGUCGCAUUUCUAUGCUCCAGUCAAAGUAAAACCCCGCCCCCCUCCCCCAACCCCGGGAAAAGGCGGGGACUUGGACAAAAGAACUCGAAAAAAUUGUCGGGUCCCCAUUCCAAUGUCCUCGCUUGUCCCCGCUUACCAGUGAAAGUAUAUGCUGAGGUUCCAAUCUUUAUUUGGUGAAAAAGUUUCAAACCGGUUUGGUUUUCAAUUUUUUAUUGUCUUAUAUUAAUUAUCAUAAUCUGAAACAAAGGGAAAUAUAAAUCAAGCUGGUUUCAAAAAUUUUGGGCCACAAAAUAUAAAAUAAUGAAUUUCCUAAAAAAUUCAUUAAAAACACAAAAACAGACAACAAGGUAACAUUGAACCACUUUAUUUCCUCUUUUAAAUUUAAUCUAGACAGCUCAUCAAUUAUUUGCAACACACAGUUCUAGCUUCCAAGCCUCCAGCAGAGAAAUUCCCUGGUUCGGAUACCAUAAAGGCAAUCCUAUCCAAGACCCCGCAUACAGGGACAGUUUUGAGAGGCAAUGACUAGUUUUUGUUCUGCUAAUGUUCCUGCCUUUCCUGGGUUGGGCGCGGGGAUUUACUUUGACUGGUGCAUUACAUAAGCUAAGCUUUUAGAUAAUUUUUCUUUUAAACAGCAAACAAAUAAACAAUAUGCUGGUAUGGCACUAUAAAAUAAAGGCGACUAAAAAUAGUUACAGGUAGCCUUCUGAAGAGACCUUGAUCUGAACUCUGAACAUGAUGUCUCCAUUUCCUUUGAUAUUUAGCCUGGCUCAGCCUUCUAUGAACUCAACAAACCUAGUGAGUAAGAAGCUUGCAGCUCUUCAGAAAGAGCAGUUUGACCCAGCUCUGGCAAUCGCUGAAGAAAUUGAACAAUCUGAGACUACAAGAGUGAUUUUCGGAGAAAAAGUUGCUCAGGCUGUCAACGUGAAGAAAGGCUGUCACAUCUAUGCUGACUUGAUUCCCCUUGAUGUCGAGGCUAAAGAUGUGCUUGCCGAGUGUGCUUAUCCAAAGGCUAGAAGUAGUUCAAAGAGUACCAAACUUCUAACGCAAGAACCGGACAUUAUGGCUGUUUUCUCUGAGAAUUUUGAGACACAAACGGCACACCUUGAUUAUGACUUGUUCUAUCAGGGGGACCCUGUUAACGAGCCAUCAGCAGCAUCAAUAUCACAUGUGUUUGAUUUACACAAACAUAUUCAAUGUUGGCAAGAAUAA